AUGUUUCACCACAUUCUCAUCGCCGCAAUUCUUGCCGGACCCGCAUUAGCUGGUCGCGAAUGCGUCUGGGUGCUCGGACGCGUCGAUUGCCAAAAGGAUCCAUCGAAGAACUUGAAUGUCGAGAUACGAGUUUGGGAUCGAGAUGGUCCGGGACCACUUCAACUCAUCGACCCGGAUGAUCUAAUGGGCGUAACAUUUUCAAAUGAAGACGGCAGAUUCCAAUUGGACGGUUGCGGUGAUGAUUUCGACUGGAUCCCGGGAAUCAAGAACACUCCAGAACCAUAUAUUGAGAUCCGCCACUAUUGCAAUAAUCCAAAAGGCGAGACAAUUCAACUUCCGGAAUUCAACACAUUUGUGCCAAAUACCUAUGAUGUUGGCACAUUGCUAUUGGAUAAAGAGACGCGCGGCUCAAAAACCACGCCGAAAUCGCGCGAUGAAUAA